UGCUUCUCCUGUUGAAUGGGUUGCAGGUGAAUAACACAAAUAUUAUUUGGCUAGUGUUACCACAGCUACUGCCAAGUCUUGCUUCUGCCGCCAUGGACCAGGGAAUCAACCCAUUUGUGACUGCAAAGCCUUCCAACCAACCGAAGAACGCCGGGCCUUCGCUACUCGCCUGCCUACUAUGUCGACACAAGCAUCUCAAAUGUGAUGGAAAUACACCCGUUUGUGGCCGUUGUGCAGCCACGGGCGCUGAAUGUCAAUACACCCCGUCGCGUCGCGGCUACAAAGGCCCGUCAAAGAAACGCCGAGCCAACCCGUCCUCCCCCGACCAAGUCCCUACCGACCUGUCGGCUUCAUUCGAAGCCCAGCCUAUCUACAAUGUUCCCUCCGAAUGGGUGUUACCCGGGAGCAUGCCUUUCAUCCCAGUUACUACGCCACUACCCAGUACCAGCACCCUGCCGCCUUCCCUCCCGACGACAAGUCCCGAACUGACGACAGAUGGCUCGGUCUCGUCGCAGCCUCUCCGCGCUGCUCACAGUCCCCUCACCCCGGACUCUUACUCCUCCAACGCUGGCGACCAAUACCUCAUUGACAUCUACUACACCUACUUCCACCCCUCUCACCCCGUUCUCCUCCCGUUUCGGAAUUUGUAUCGGUUCCAUGUCCCACCUUUCCUCGAGCAUGUCAUAAAGUUCAUUGGGACUCACUUCACACCUGCGGCUUCUAGUGACACAUACAGGCCGACGGUAAUGUCGUCUGUUAUGGAGCAGGACCCUUCUAUCGAGAAGAUACAGGCUCUGUUGCUGCUGGCCAUCGUCCUUCACUCGCGGAAUGAGCGGGCUGAUGCCGGGGUGUGCGUCGCAAUGGCCGUAGACCUGGCUUUUGAGCUGGGGCUGCACACUGGACAGUUCGCGCAGACCAUGGGAGAAGGAGAUCCCAUACGGGAGGAGAGUCUGAGACGAACCUGGUGGGAGUUGUUUAUCAUCGAAGGCAUGCUGACCGCUCUGGGUGUCCAGCCUCAAUACCGCUGCAACACUGUGCCUUUGGAGGUGUCAUUGCCAUGUGAAGAGAGAAUUUACCAGGAUGGAAUUGCACCUCCGCCCCCGUUGACGAUCGCCCAAUUCGAUGAGCGGGCAUUUGCGGACGAGGAACGGGAUUUCUCCUCUUAUACCUAUCGCAUCGAAGCUGCUCGGAUUCUGGGUCGCGUGGUGGCCAUCCAGGAUAUGGUCGAAGGCCAGCAGGAUCAGGUUGAAGCCACCGAUGCCCGGAUCACUAGCUGGUUCCACCAUCUACCCGAGUCAAAGGCCGAGCUUCUGCGUCCUGAUGGCUCAGUGGAUGAGAUGAUGUUCCAGGCGAUCAUGGUCAUCAAUGGGUCGUCCAUUUACCUGCACUUUCCGCGAUCGGAUCUGCUGUCGUCGCCCGCUGUGGCUGCGGAGGUGGUUUGUGGUCACCAUGGGCCGCUAAGCAUCCCGGCGUUCUCGCACCACGCCCACGCGAUGAAGGCCGUCAAAGCCGCCAGCGAAAUCUCCACGCUGGCGUCCAUCCGAAUGCCUGUAGUGAAACACACUCCGUUUUUCAUAUGCUCCCUAGUCUUGAGCUCGAUGGUGCAGCUUGCCGCCUGCUCCGUGAAAGCCGGCCAGAUGCCCGACCCCAGCCGGGACCGUCUCACGCUGACGAUCGGUGUCUUCAAGACCCUGGCCCGCACAUGGGCGAUCUCUCAUAGUAUCAUGCGGCAAAUCAAGGCGGUCGCGCGCGACGUGAUGGACCUCGGUCUCCGGCCCAACAUGGAUCAAAUUGAUCUCUCCACGGUCCUAGACAAUGGUCGUUUCUGGCUGCCCGCAAGCUUCCCCACUGAGUAGACAGAGGCCGGAUGCAGUUCGUCUCUAGCACUUCUAAAUUUCACAGAGACAUACGGACCAGAUGUCUUUCCUUUUUUCACGAAAGAAUAUAUCAGCACCAUCCAUUUUCAAUUCCUUCACACACACACUUAUUCUUGUUGAUAUUCUUUACCAAUGCAAUCGAUGAUACCCCCCUUCCAUCACUCCUCCAAAACUGACUGAAACCGAGCUUAACCUACUGACUCUCACUGAAGAUUUGAUAUGGUUGAUUUACAAAUGCCGGGAAACGCCGUGACGAUGGACGAUACUGCCACCAAGUUGGAUUAUAUUGACUUUGAACACACAAUACAUUCUUGCAAAAUCUUGUUUUUUUAAAUUUCCUCUUAUAUCUGGGGGCGAAGGGAAGGAGAGCACAUUCCUUGUCCCAGUUGCUUUGUUCUAUGACCUGCCCACCAACAAAGCUACAUAUAUUCUUGUCUGUUGAUUAAUUAUGUAAUGUGAUUUGUU